AUGCCUGGUGUUCCGCUGAUGGCGCAUAUCAGCCUGAUGUGUUGGAGUCCCGCCCGGCCUCAUGAUGUCAACCGGAGCCUACGAUCUCCUUCAUCAAAACAAAACAAUCAAAAGACCGUGGGGUAUCAGCAAAGAGGAAGCGGCCAGCGCCUACAAAGCGUAUGGUCCGACGACAAUCCUGACUCCGAAGUAUACGAGACUGCUCGCCGUCGUGAUAUCCAGGGCACAGCUGGACGUGUAGUCAACCUUCUCAACUUUACCAAUCCCCGCCAAAGUGAUGCCAUCAAGUCAAUCAUGUCCGAUCUAGCCCGCAUUGCUGAGCGAACCGGCGGUAUUAUCCCUUCAGCACAUACGGUCUUUCAAGACCUGGACCCUAAGCGAUACAACCCGAUCCGACUCGUCAAGCUACGUCAGGAUUUACAGCGUAUCACACGUGCCAGCGGCGAUUGGCAAGAAUUUGCGACCUGCAUCGGCAAGAUUCGAGAAGCACUGGGAACAGCGAACCUAUUAACUGACGACGAUGGCCCAGGGUCCUACAUCGAUGUUUUCACUCGACCCCUCAACAGCAAGACUUUCCAGUCCUGUUUGGGCGCUUGCCAUGAUCAUGCACCCGUUCUUCUAGAAAACCGCCGAGCAGGCGAAGGUGCCUUCUCCUCCCCGGUGCGCGUCGCUUGUAAACAAACCGUUGAUGCAUUCGUCUUGGAUCUCUGGAGCUGGACAUCUGGCUGCGAAGUUCUCCGGGCGUUCCUACAUCCGGAAACGAGCCAGGGCUUGUCAGAGCGAUACCGACAUCGAAUCAUGUCGACUGAAGUUAGCUCGCCAUUACAAUUGGUGCCAUCCGGCUAUUCCAUCCUCGCCAACCCGAAUCCAGUGGUCGAGCGUCUUCUCGCUCGGCAGCCUGGCUCCACGUUCAGCUUUUCCCUCGAGGCCAUCGCCGACGAACAGUCCACGUUGCAGGUCAACCUGCCCGCAUGCAGCUCCGGGGAACAACCAACCACAUACCGAAUACCCACACACCUGUUCUUCAUUCUGUCCGCCGUCGAUAGCUCGGACGGGUCGAAUACAGAUGCUCCACAGACCUCUACCACUACUCAACCAACGCAAGCGAAAGCGAGCAGCAACGUUCGUGCCGCUUACAUCACCGCAUACGCUCGAAGAAUCGACGCAAAGUACGCUUGCAAGAGUUGCAAAAAGGCCAAGAUGCAUUGUUACAGAGCGAGUCCGGACGAUACAUCCAUACAAUCGAUCAAGUGCGCCGGUUGCGUCAAUGCACAUAGGGUCUGCGAGAUCGAUCGAAACGCUUUCGAGACCAUGCUCGCUCCCGGAACGUCACUCAAGUUCUCCAAGCAGACCACUCUUACCAAUUUACUCAAGAGUGACCCGAUUCAGAUCAACUCGCCGCCAAUCACGAUCUCUUCCUACGAGCAUCUUCUGGAUCAUAUCUCAACGCCGGAAGCUCCGUACUACAUGUACCUCCCUAUCAACGAAACAAGACCCUCCAAACAGACUUUGAGCUGGCUCGAAGAUGUCUUUUCUCAAUGCGGUACCAAGAUUGACGGGAGCGAAUUGGCUUACGAGGUCAAACUCGGGAAUCGAGCCAACAUCAACCCGUGCACCGCUCCGAAAUACGCUCAACACGUCCCUCUUCCAUACAAGCCCAAACAAAAAUCUCCGCCGCCGCCACCUUCACCGCCGCCUCCUGCUCCCACUCGCUCAAGUCUAGCCCAGGUCAACGCUCAAGCUGGUCCAUCAUCAGACCAGAUCAUCACUCAGUCUCUGCCCGGAUUGAAGCGUAAAUUCGGGUUGGGCAAUCACAACUCGGGUGGUUACCCCGUCUCCAAGUAUAUCAGGACCGGCCUCUACAAUACAAACACACUUAUCUCCAGCCCUGGCGGGAGAUAUGAUGAUGCGGAAGUCAGCGAACGCUUCGGGGAUGCCGACUCGACCAGGCGAGAAGAGGAGUACGAGUACCAGACCGAUCAUAGUUCGGACGAUGAAGAGGGAGAGACGGUUAACAUUCCCACGAAAGCAAACGGACAUCCCCAACGAUCCGAUCGUGCGACCACACCGAAAGCUACACAACCACCCGCCAGGACGAUACGCACCAUGUCCCCAGACUCGCCCGGCAUCGGAAGAUCUCGGAUGCACUCUUUGGACGACACGCCAAAAGCUCUCCGCCACAACGAUUUUGACAACCUGACCCUGCCCGAUACCGAUCUUUCCGGGUUUGUCGAAGCCAACUUCAACGCCAACCUAAGAGAUGACAUUCAGACGGCGAUCGCGUAUCACAGGAGACGCAUCUCUCAAAUUGUCUGCCAGGGAUACGACGCCAGAGAUCGCACUUCCGCCCAGGACUGGCUCGAUAACUCGCUGCAGGAAUUCAAGAAGCUGAUCACACAAGACAUGCCAUCCGACCCAGAAGAGAGAACUCGACUCCUGCUCGACGAUGGUCUCGCCUUCCUCAUGAAGACUCUCAACGGCCAGCCCAUCUUUGCGAGGCAGUGCAACGAAUCCCUUCUAAACAUCGGUGGAACUGUUCAACCUUGUCCAGAUGUUUCGUGCUUCAUGACUGGAAAGCCGCUCAUCCGAUUGCACGUGUUCGUGGACUCAAAACUGACCAUCCGUUCGUAG